CCCGAUGGCGGUAUUUUUGUUUGGAUGCGACAAAACAAGCUACAGGAGGGGAAUAUAAAUGCUCUCAAGAGACUUCAAUAUUAGCUAGUGCAUAUUGGCGAUUAAAUUAAAAUAAUAAAAAUACACACUCGCCUGGGACAGAGAUGGAGCAGAACAGUGAAGCUGUCAUGGCCGCUGAGGCUCCGGCCUUCUCAUCAGGUUUCUCUGAGGCAGUGCGAGAUGAGCUGCUGGACGAGUGCGAAGUACACUUUGAAGCUUUACAAAAGCAUCAGAAUGAAAUCGUCUCAACAGAUGUAGGGUCUGUCAAUGUUGAGACAAGUGAGGCACAGAAUCGUUUAAGUGCCAUUAUGAUGGAGCUGGAACAGUGGCAAGAAAUGGAACCCAAAUUACCAUCAACAAACCCUGAAGUUUUAUUGGCCAUCGGCAGGGAAGAGCUGCAAAGAGUCAACAGUGAGCUGAAGAUGGUUCUUUCCUGCUCCCAAGCAAGGCGAGAUGCCCUGAAAGAUCUUUUGCAAAGAGAGGAGGGAUGGUAUGAAGAGAAGAAGGAGGUACUCAGUGCAGUGACGAAUCAAGUUGAAAAGUUGCGUGAGGAAAACCAGAAGCUGUCAGAACACAGUAUUCUACAGGACAUGAAGAGAAAAAUCACUAAAGUAAAGGAUUACCACAGCACCCUCAUGGAGACGCUGAGCGACAUGUUAGCCGAGCAUUUUCCUCUUCCUGGUCAACAAACGGUUGGCACGAAGAGAAAACAGAGUGCUCUUCCAGAUUAUGGAACAAAUCUGAUCUCACUAAGUGAGAUCCUUGAGCAAUUAACAAACAAAACCCUGGAAACUCCUCACGAGCCCUACGUGACUGUUGACGACACCUUCUGGCCGCCGUACAUAGAAAUGCUCCUCCGUAACGGAAUUGCAGUCAGGCACCAAGAGGACUGCAAUAAAAUCCGUCUGGAAAUGUUUUAUUAAUUUUUUUUUUAAUCAAGUUAAAUUGGACAACACAUCAUGAAACGUAUGUACAGUCUUUUAUGAUCUUGCUUUAUUUUCUAUUUAAAAAUACAAAUUGGUAAAUAAAAUGGCUGAAA